AUGGACGUAAAGGAGUUUGCAAAUGCUCAAAAGACUCACUAUACCGUUUAUCCAAAAGUAAAGAAACGGAAAACUGCCAAAAAUGAUAUUCCAUUCGUCAAGCUUUUAGAGGGUAAAGAAUCUAGCACAAAUGUGCAGAUCAGAUGGCACCUGUACCAUCAGCUUCAUUCCCAUUUCCACAGUCAAGUGAAUGCCAUUACAGAAAAUAUUGAAAAAGACCUGAAAAGAGAGAUUUCAGAUAUUCUAUUUCCAAAAUGUGAAACCACUCAUACUGAUGCUCAAGCGGCGUCAUUCACGACAUUGCUUCUUCUAGGCUCUGAUAGUACUACGAAGAUUGAGCUACCGAGGGAUAGUCAAGAUACUUUGAAUGUUCUUAUAGAGCUGACACCCAAAGAAUCGCCUAAUGUAAGAAUGAUGCUUCGAAGGUCUAUGUUCAAACUAUACUCAUAUGCAGACGCAAUAUUGAAUAUCGGUAGCUGCCAAUCUCGCAAAAUCAUAGCAAAGUUGGAAGAUAACGCAAGAAGUGAUUACUAUGACCAAGAUGACCAAGAUGACCAAGAUGACCAAGAUGACCAAGAUGACCAAGAUGACCAAGAUGGCCAAGAGGCUGAUCAUUCUGACGGAGAUGAUAUCGAUAAUAUCAGAGUGAACAAAGGAGAGCAGGGCGAUGUUUCUUAUGAUUUAACGCUUGUUGAAAACUUCAAAAUGAUUUUUGGCAAAAAUUUAAGCCUUGUUUUUAACUUUAAAGAUGUGGACUCUAUAAACUCUCAUACCCUCGACAGUUUUAUCAUAUUGUUGAGGAGUGCUUUAAAACAUUCACAUGUUAAACUAAGCUUAGUUUUCAAUAUAAACACAAAUAUUUCAAAUAUUGAAAAAAAUUUGACCCAAUCUACAAUUAGGCUUUUAAAAAAAAACUAUAACAAAUUGGAUGUCUCUAGCAACAAGGGAUUCAAGUAUGGCAAUCAAAUAUUUCAAAGCUUUCUAGAUACUGUGGAUGGAAAACUUAACCUGUCAAUUAGAUUUGUUCAAUUUCUUUUGGAUAAGAUGGCCAACAACAUGAACCACAACUUGCAGCUCCUUACUAAAAUCCUAGACUACUCUUUGAUGUCAUAUUUUUUUCAUAAUCCAUUUUCGGUUUUCAUUGAUCCAGUGAAUGCGGACUAUUUAAAUAAGGAUUACUUGAGAAUGCUCGUGAAAUGUCCCACAUUCAUGUUCUUCAUUGAGGGUCUCCUCAAAGAGGGCUCUCCUCCAGAGGAGAUUAGAUCUCUAAUCAAUAAUGAAAACUCGACACUCUCCAGUUUUUUCAUGGAAUUUCUGGUAAGGGAGAAUCCAGUGAAUGGUUACGCAAAGUACGUUGCAAAUUUUUUGGAAAACGAACUUGGCAUUAAAAAUUAUAAUUUGAUUGAGCUUUAUCAUAAACUUUUGAAGGGCGAGUUGCAGUCAUACCUUCAAAAGUGGCCGAUAUGUCAGGAGUACACCAAUGAGCUGAAUUUCGACCCAAUAGACACCAUUUUCCAAGAAUUAUUUACACUCGAUAAUAGCAAUGGUCUCCUGACACAAGCACUGUUUCCAUAUUAUAGGUCUAAUUUAGAGGAUAAUCUUUUGCACUGGGAGCGAAUUCUUCCAAUAUCGUUGACUAAGUGGCAAGUAAAAGAUAUUACAGAAAGCGAAUCUCUAGAUAAAUCCUUGGCCCCUGUUGUUGGACACUUUUUUAAACUUUAUCGAGAGGCAAACUCUUUCAUUAAUGUUUACGACUUUUACACCACUUUUAGAGAUACCCUGCCCAAAGCAGAGAUAAUGGCUUUCGUCAAAAAGACAAGCAAUAAUGAUAACUACUGCAGUUUUCUUGAGAGUGACAACGAGAAAGAGACAUUUGAUAAAAUUUCUCUAGCGCUAUUCAUGCAGGCACUUUUUGACUUCGAUCAUAUUGGAAUGAUCAAAACACAGACUAACAAAGACUCCGACAUUAUAGAAAAAUACAUAUGGAGAGGUAUAUGA